AUGCACGCAAGAGUUACUUUCCUCUGGAAAUCUACUUCAAGAUAUACACCUCCUCCAAUAAUCUUCAAGUCUUACUCGCAGGCAGCACUGGUCUGCAUUGUAUCCAUCAGUACCAUCAGCUAUGCGAUUUUACCUUUUUGGCAGAGCUAUCAACCCUUAAUCCAAUCUCAAGAGCCCUUUGAAGGGCCCGGCUGCGAUGGAUCUGGCAUAGUUGGCCCGGAUGGCCGAUGCAAUGGAGAUGGGGUCAUUGAUAAUCCUCCAGAUUCUAAAAGGGAAGGGUUUCGAUUUGAUAAUCCUUCGACUGACUGCAAAUAUGUCUCGCAGAUGUAUAUAUACGACGUCUUCAAGGUUCUUGAGAAAGACAUGGGGAAGCUCUUUACGUACGUCCACAAGGACGUUGACUUCCAUGUCAUGGGUCACCACCCGGUGGCGGGUCAUUACCAUGACCUGCUUCAUUUCUAUGUCAAUGCGCUUCGACGAGUUUCUGAAUGUUUUUCGGACCAUGCGGAGAAGUUCGAGGUUCACCCACAGGCGAUUCAUGGCGGCUGUAACAGCCAGUGGUCGGUCCAGGAGAUUCAGUUCAAGGGUUUACUAAAUACAGGCGACAACUUCGAAGUGGUCAAUGUCUGGGUGACCAGAUGGUAUCAGGGGCAAAUGGUGGAGGCUCGAACAUAUAUUGAUCAAGGCUCGGUCACCGAUGCGCUGCGUAGAAAUGAACUUUGGACAAACGGCACUUCAUAUCGGGAGAAUCCACAAUACAUGCCCGGUCCUUCUGGUAUGCCUGAUUUGGAGGGGCUGAAGAAGCUCAUGCAGUACCCAGAUGGGCGGAGGUAUAAUGAUUUGUGA